CACCCCCUGGCCGGGGGCCGGCCCCCCAGACCACACUGUCCUUGCAGUCCUCGCAUUCCAGACGUCUCAGCGCUUUCACAGCUCAGAGAUAAUAUUCACGGCGAGCAGACGUUUGCGUCAGUGUCAGCUAGAUCUCAAUGCCACCCUGUCCCGGGGGGAGCGCUGCGGGCAGACGGGCUGGGCAGGCAGGCAGAAGCCCGCGGCAGAGCCCCCCAGGCCAGCACCCCACCGUGUGCCCCACGGCCAUGCUGCUGCUGCUGCACCUGCUGCCUGCCAUGCUGCCCACCGCCGCCCUGGCCAGCUGCACCGGGGCGGGUGCCGACCGGCAGCUCAUCCUGGCCAAGGUGCGGGCUCGGGUGCUGGAACAUCUGAGUCCCCCCCUUCUCCAGGAGGAGCCACAGAUGGAAGCAAGGAGGGUACACCGGAGAGACGUUCUUGAAAACACUGAAGUGGAGCCGGAGGAGCUGGAGGACACCUCCCAGGUGAUCUUAUUCCCUGCCACAGAUGUUCCCUGUGAGCCCACACAGCCAGACAAGCUGCUGGAGGAAGAAGGGAUUUUCACCUACCUCUUCCAGCCCUCGGCACACACCCUGAGCCGUGUGGUGACUUCUGCCCAGCUCUGGUUUUACACGGGCCCCUCGGCUGCCCCCAACCACUCCUUCCCUGAGGUGCUGACCCUGUCCCCUCAGGGCCGGGUGCCGGUGACAGCCAUGGCGGAGCGGACACCCGAGCACUGGACAGUGUUUCACUUGGCCCCAGUGCUGCUGCCCCAGCUCUGGCAGCCGCUCUUUGUGCUCCUGGUGCGCUGCCCUGGCUGCCCCUGCCUGCCUGAGGGGGACAAGAUGCCCUUCCUGGUGGCCACCACCCGGGCCAAGGGCAGCGAGAGGGCUCGUCGCUCUGCCAUGCCCUGGUCCCCGGCCGCCCUGAGCCUGCUGCAGCGUCCAUCUGAGGAGCUGGCUGCCCACACCAACUGUCGCCGGGCUUCCCUCAACAUCUCCUUCGAGGAGCUGGGCUGGGACAAGUGGAUCGUGCAUCCCAGCAGCUUUGUUUUCCACUACUGCCACGGGAGCUGCGCUGCAGGCCACGGGCUGAGCCACCGGCUGGGCGUGCAGCUCUGCUGCGCUGCCCUGCCCGGCACCAUGCGCUCCCUGCGCGUCCGCACUACCUCCGACGGCGGGUACUCCUUCAAGUACGAGACAGUGCCCAACAUCCUGGCCCAGGACUGCACCUGUGUCUAG